GCCGGCGGCGGGGAGGCGGCGUGCGGCCCGCAGCCCGCCCAUGGAGGCUUUUCCCUGGGCGCCCCGCUCGCCCCGCCGUGGCCGCGCCCCCGCGCCCAUGGCGGUCGUGCCCAGUGCCCGCUACGUGAGUGCCCAGGGUCAGGCGCACCCGCAGCCCUUCAGCUCGUGGAACGACUACCUGGGGCUCGCUACGCUCAUCACCAAGGCGGUGGACGGCGAACCGCGCUUCGGCUGCGCCCGUGGCGAGGACGGCGGUGGCGGCUCCCCGCCCUCUUCGUCGUCCUCGUCCUGUUGCUCCCCCCACACGGGAGCCGGGCCCGGGGCGCUGGGGCCGGCGCUGGGGCCGCCCGACUACGACGAGGACGACGACGACAGCGACGAGCCGGGGUCCCGGGAUCCACUGGUUUAA